AAUUCACUAUAAAAACCUGAGCAAAAUGCAGGAUCAGCAUCAGUUUCAGUUAUCAUCUGACACAUCUACCGCAAAAAUAAUAAAAAUGAAAUAUUUCGUCCUAUUAUUCGUGGCGUUCUUGGCCCUUGCCAUGGCCUUUAAUUCAGUCCAAGCUUGCCUUUCUGACGGUUCCACCUGUAAAGCAGAUGGUUCAAUGGGCAAUUGCUGUUCUCAAUUUUGCUUACAACAACCAAACACCCAAACUGGAUACUGCGCCUAGAUCAUCUAGGCUAGAUGUACUACUAGAUGGAUGUCUACCCUUAUUUUAACCAUGCUUUAGAUUUUUAAUUGGCCAAAAUAUGUUUUAUUAUAUAUAAAUUAUAUUUAAUAUAGGUAAUCACUUGCAAAAC